UCCCCCGUGUAAGAGUGAGGUGGAGGAGGACAUUCCAGGAGAUGUCAGCACAGAAAAUCCCAGCAAGAAUUCUGAGGAAAAAAUGUUAUCACUAAAGGAUGAAGCUAUCCUGCAGCGGUCUUCUGGAGAAAACAUCAUUACCUUUAUUGUAUAUCCAGGACUUCACAGUACAGAUAUGUCCUAUAAUUCUCCUAAUCAUGGGGGACCUUCUCCUGACCAAUCACAGAUUGUUACCACAAGUACAAGUCAAAAGAGGGGUGAAAGGUUUCACUGUGGUAAAGAGUUGACAGAAAGCUCAGGUCUUUUUACACACAGAGGAAUUCACACAUUAGAGAAGCCAUAUUCAUGUUCAGAAUGUGGUAAAUGUUAUAAAUAUAAAUCACAUCUUGUUAUACAUGAAAGAUGCCACACAGGAGAGAAGCCACAUUCAUGUUCAGAAUGUGGGAAAUGUUUUAAACGGAAAUCACAACUUUCUACACACAAGAGAAUUCACACAAGGGAGAAACCAUAUUCAUGUUCAGAAUGUGGGAAGUGUUUUCCAAAUAAAUCACAACUUGUUACACAUGUGAGAAUUCACACAGGAGAGAUGUAUCCAUGUUUAGAAUGUGGGAAAUGUUUUAUACAAAAAUCACAUCUUGUUAGGCAUGAGAGAACUCACACAGGAGAGAGGCCAUAUACAUGUUCAGAAUGUGGGAAAUGUUUUACAGAAAAAUCAUAUCUUGUUACACAUCAGAAAAUUCAUACAGGAGAGAAGCCAUAUUCAUGUUCAGAAUGUGGUAAAUGUUUUACACGGAAAUCACAUCUUGUUACACAUCUGAAAAUCCACACAGGAGAGAUGUUGUCAUGUUUAGAAUGUGGGAAAUGUUUUAUACAAAAAUCACAUCUUGUUAGGCAUGAGAGAACUCACACAGGAGAGAAGCCAUAUUCAUGUUCAAAAUGUGAGAAAUGUUUUACACUAAAAUUACAUCUUGUUAAACAUCAGAGAAUUCACACAGGAGAGAGGCCAUAUACUUGUUCAGAAUGUGGGAAAUGUUUUAUACAAAAAUCAUAUCUUGUUACACAUCAGAAAAUUCAUACAGGAGAGAAGCCGUAUUCAUGUUCAGAAUGUGGAAAAUGUUUUAGCAAUAAAUCAAAUCUUGUUACACAUAAGAGAAUUCACACAGGAGAGAAACCAUAUUCAUGUUCAGUAUGUGGGAAAUCUUUUAGACAAACAUCAGCUCUACAUAAACAUGAAAGAAUUCACACAGGGGCAAAGCCGUUUUCAUGUUCAGAAUGUGGGAAAUGUUUUAACGAUAAAUCAGAUCUUGUUACACAUGAGAAAAUUCACACAGGAUAGAAACGAUAUUCAUGUUCGGAAUGUGGGAAAUGUUUUACACUAAAAUUACAUCUUGUUAAAUGUAAGAGAAUUCACACGGGAGAAACUAUAUACAUGUUCAUAAUGUGGGAAAUGUUUUACAGAAAAAUCAUAUAUUGUUAAAGAUAAGAUCAUUCACACAGGAGAGAAGCCAUAUUUAUGUUCAGAAUGUGGGAAAUGUUUUAAAAAUAAAUCAGAUCUUGUUACACAUGAGAGAAUUCACACAGGAGAGGAACCAUAUUCAUGUUCGGAAUGUGGGAAAUGUUUUACCCAAAAAUCAAAUCUUUUGGCACAUGAAAGAAUUCACACAGGAGAGAAACAUUUUCACAUAAUUUAACAUAUUAGGUUAUUCGUGGACCUUAAAAAGCCAAUAAGAAGAUUUAUUUUUUGGGUGGUAUUAUCCUGGAUCUCCCAUAUAACCUAAUGAUAUUUCUCUGAGGUCAACUGACCGGGAUCCUUGGAGGAAAAGUAUUGUGGAUUUAAGGAAGAGAAGAAGAGCCUCGUUUACUUCCAUAGCAUUGAAGAUGAAUUGUCCCCAUGAAUCUUUCUUCUUAUCUCUGUAACACAUCUUUACACAUAUGUUUCCAUUACAUCAGUGACAAGACAGUCAGUGGUUUAUCUGUGAAGAUGUCCGUGAAAGAUCAGUGUAUCCAUUUUUUGCCUUCUGUGUCUUAUCCGUAUUGUACCAGAACUACUCAGCAGAAGAUUAAUUUAGGAGCAUCUAGCAAUGAUCCAUGAGACAGGGACGAAAUAGCAUCUGUGUUGUGUCCGUGUCCUUUCACGAACCCAUAGACUAUAAUGGGCAUGAUCCAUCCGUAAACACUAAGAAAUGGGCAUGCUUCCGUUAUGUAACAAUUGAUCCCUGGACCAUGGUAAAUCACGGAUGUGUGAAUACACAUAAUAAAAAUAAUGGCUAUGGGAAGAAUAUGACAGCACACU